AAAUUGUCGAUUGAUCAAGUUAUUAAUUAGUGUUUAAAUAAAAAAUAAAAUAAAACGUUUCAGUUCAUUCUUCCUAAAUAACUAGACUAAAAAAAUUAACAAAAAUAAUUCAAUUUUUUAACAGAUUUUAUUUUUAAUUCUUCUGUCUUUAUUUCUCGAUAAUAGUCCAUAUAAAAAAAAAUUAGCAAUGAGUUUCAAUCAGUUGUCCGAUCAAAUUAAAAAAAGAGUAUUUUCAAAUCUUGAACCAGAAGAACUUCUAAGAUUACGUCGAAUGGACAGUAGUUGGAAAAUUAUUAUUGACGAUUUAAAAAUUUGGAAAAAGGUGUGUUCGAUAGGCGAAAUAAAACCAUGGAAAAGUCAAUUAAUUAAACUACGAUAUCCCUCUCUAAAUAGUGAUAAGUACAAUGAUUUAAAAGAUAAACAGUGGAAAAUAAUUUUUCUAUUGUACAAAAAAUGGCGUCAAGUAUUUCGUGUCAAUAAAUAUGAAAUUGUUAAAUUUGGGGUUCCUCAAGAAAAUAUUCCUCAUGAAUUGGUGGAAGCCAGUGAUGUAAAAUUUUCUUAUGAUUUAUUAGCUGAUCAUUUUGCUAUGGGAAUGAAUUGUGUUGGAAUAAAUUGUUUAUUUCAGAGACUCGGUUUCACACAUACGUUUAAAUUUGAAGAAAAUGCUGAUACCGAUAUUCGAUUAGAUGAUGAUGAGAUCAACUCGCAUGGUUUCAAUUAUUUUAUUGAAAUUAAAAUUUGGAUGACUGGUACUGGAAAAGUAAUUUAUGUUAUGUAUUUUCGCAAUCAAAUUUUAUUUUGGGACGUAAUGAGAAAAACUAAAAUUCCAACACCACGUAUUUUUUUUCAAGAUAUACGAAAAUCAUUACAUUUACGACGGGGAACCGAUGAAUAUUUUUACAUCAUAAAUACUUGGGGUGAAUCAUUAAACGUUCUUAGAUUGGAAUACGUUGAAAAUGAAAUAACUACAAGAGAAAUAUUAAUAAUUAAUUACAGAGAUAAUGAUUUCUUUGAAUUUAUUGAUUUUUAUGCAGAGGAGAGAAAAAUAAUGAUAAUUCAUAAAACGAGAAAUAUAGAAAAUACCUUAUUGCUAACAACCAUUGUUGAAAUUUCAGAAUCACAACUUUUACCAGUAAAUAUUAGUGCUUAUGAUACCCAUACAGCAGCUUCGAAAGUGAUAAAUGAAAUUCAGGAGUAUAAAUUUAUUAUUCCAUGUAUGAAUGUCGUAAUAGCACAUGCAACUGACAAUACAAGAAAAUUCAUUGUUCAAAUAUCACGUUUUGACGAACGUAAUAAACAUAUUGCAAAACUUAAACAUUAUAAAAUACCAAGGAGCAUCAUAUCUCAUAAUUUUGAGAUUACUUCUAUAGCGUUAUAUUACAAUCAUCUUUUUGUCGCUACAUCAGCAAAUAAAUUAAUAAUUUUUAAAUUAAAAAAUCUACAGCAUUUGUCAUAUUUAAAUUUUAAUUAUAUUAAAAAGAGAAUAAUGACCAUCGAAACAACAACUAAUGGAUUCCAAAUAACUAAACACAAAAAUAUUAUUGUUAUUUUAUUAGCAUCUUCGUCUUCUCAAGUUAGUUUCUUACUCUGUGAUCUACCAUUUUAAUUUCUUAAAAUACAAACAUUAUCUACUAUUAUGUAAUCAUUGUGCAAAUAAAU